CCAGAGAAUUCAGGUUCUGCCAUUGGUUGUGCAAGUCGUGACAGGGAUUAAAGGGGUAUAAAAGCACAGCACACUUUCACUGUAAUCCACACAGCAGAGGAAGAGACAAUCCGAGGACUACCACACACUACUGGACGACCACACUCUUAGAAAACCACAAGAUGUCAGGACCAAAACAGACACUGACGGCCUUCUCCAUCACUGCAGUGCUGCUCCUCCUCCUCUCCACAGGGACCCAGUCAGCAGAACCUUCAGACAACCUUCAACCAACACAGUGGACACUCAGCCUGGACCUUGCAGAACCCACAAACACCGUGCUACCUGUAAAUGGUAGUGACAUGGAGGAGCCUCGCGUUCUGAGGAUGUCAAGACCCUGCAAAGACGAAGAUGCUGACUACUGCCUGAACGGACAGUGCAUGUACCCCCUUGACAGCGAUACCCCUGCCUGCACGUGUGACUCGUCCUAUAGCGGACCUCGCUGUGGUCUGUUGGUCCACCAGGCAACGCUGUGCAAGUCAGCCACAAUAGAGGAGGUGAUUGGCAUCUGUGUGGGCGUGGCCUUGCUUGUCUGCUGCCUUGCUGCCAUUCUCUACUGCUGCAUCAAGAGAAGGUGUGAAAAAAAGUAUCUUCCCUAUAAGACCUGCGGUGGCUCGGAGAACUCAGUUUAGUUUGAUCCAUCUGUUUCUCCAUCAUCGUCAUCAUCAUCAUCAUCAUCAUCACCACCAUCUCCAUCACCACCAUCUCCAUCACCACCAUCUCC